AUGUCUCGUUUCGCUCUCCUCGCCGGCCUCAUGGCAGCCAGCGUAGCAGCCCAAGCCGAAUUCACCGCCCCCAGCUUCAAAUACAUUGGCUGCGUCGAAGCGGAACCGCCCGUCUUCAACUUCAAAGCCGAUGUACCUGCCCCCUUCAGCGUCCAGCAGUGCCAAUAUGCGUGCCAUGCCAAGGGCAAAUACGCCGCCAUGGACGGUAGCUGUAACUGUUAUGACUCGUCGUCAAAAGCCGAGCCAGCUUACAACAUUAUUGAUGAAUCUGUCUGCUCGGUGCCGUGCAUUGGGGGCAACGCAACGGCGGGCAUAUGCGGAGGCCCGCAGUGUCCGGUGACGGGGAAGAAGCGAUACUCACUGUACAAGAAGGAAACGGAGCAUCAUGAUGACGAUGACUGUGAAGAGGAGGAGAAGACCAAGAGCAAGGACACUGGCGUCUGGACCAAGUACAUCUCCACCACGGUCGCGACCAUCACAGCUUGCCCUCCCGAAGUCACAGACUGUCCCCUCUCUCCUUCAAAGGCCACUGCCACUCCACACUGCCCAGGAGAAGGCUGCCAUGUCCCCACGACAUCAGCCGAGCCCACUCAACCACCGUGUCCUGAGAAGUGCGGCCCUCCAUGCCCUCCUGAAGGCUGCCCAGUUUGUCCUCCUGGCGGAUGCCUCCCUUCCUGUCCUCCAGGCUGUCCCAUUUGGGCUUCUAUCCCCCACUCCACUCCUCCGCCACCAGUUCCAGCGUGCGAUGGAGAGCAUUGCAAGUUGGGUCCUCUUCCUCCAGCAACACUAGCCUGUCCUUCUGGAGGAUGCUUUCACCCUCAUCCCACAAUAAUUGUUAGCAAAGGCACCAGGUACCAAUCCGGCGUGUCAAUAGCAGUUGCGGCGUUGGCGUUGGCUGUUGGUUGGCUGUAG